AUGAUCUCCUCGAUCAGAGGUCAACCCUCACAUCGUAUCCAAAUGGGCCUACAAUUUGUUGAAAUCUACACAGUGGGAGAUCCGAGGACAAUCCAUAUUCCUAACAGGGAGACGUUUGAAAAUGGAGGGAAGAUAAUCUUGGGGCAUGACAUUCUCCAACGUCUCCUCGACAAGAAUAUAAUAGAGGAGGGAAAAGGCAUGCACUUCAGAAUACACUCCCCGGCACAUAAGAUCGUUAUUCACUGCGGUGUCCUGGACUUUAGUGGUGCAAACACACUGCUUUACGCUCCGUCCUGGAUCAUGGAGUAUUGCAACAUUCGUCCAGGAGAUUCCGUGGUCAUUGCGUCUAUAAACCUUGAGCCGGGAACCUUCAUGAAAAUCCAGCCUCAGUCCACCAAAUUUCUUGAAAUCGACGACCCCGAAGCAGUGUUGACAAAUCUUCUCCCCAACUUCAGCUGCAUAAUGAGGGGCCAAUAUUUGCGGUUUGAGCAUGCCGGCAUCAAAUAUGACAUAAAGAUUCUUGAUACAAAACCUGACGUGGCCGUGUCACUUCUCAAUACUAACAUUACAGUGGAAUUUGCUGAGCCCGUGGGUUAUACAGAAUACCUGGAGGAGCAGAAAAGGAAGUAUAUGGAAAAGAAGCGUCUAGAAGAAUCUAAAAAAGCCGAUGAAGCCAUGGGAUUUGUUGGGGGUAGGAGGCUAGAUGGCCGAGGGAAGGCGAUUGCUUCAUUGACUGAGGCAACUCAGCCAGGACAUCCCUCCGCAGAGAAGUCGGCAAUGAGGGUGGAUUUGACCCAAAAGCUUUCAGACAUCAAGCCAAGUACUAUAAAGUCUGUGAAGAGCGAUCUAGAUAUGUUAGCAAACAUGGAGGAAGAGAGUCACUUCAACGUGAAGAAAGCCCUCGAGUCCAAGAAGUUCAAGGGAAAAGGUCGUGCCCUAUAA